AUGGAGAAAAAGCCGGAUCUGCAUGCAGUCAUCAAGGCCCUUAGAACUCAACACGUAUCGCAAAUCAUCAAACUCCAGCUCAAGAGUGACGGAGAUACGGAAUUGCUCGAAAACGUUCGCGAUUAUAUGAAGAGACGGGCAGAGAUCGAACAAGACUACUUUUCAAGACUCGAAAAACUUAGCAAAACAUACAUUCAGAAGAAAUAUCGAAGAAUCCAAACAAAGAAUGGAACUGUCGAACGAACCUCUGCUGAAAUAACUGCAGACACGCAAAAUGGAGCUGCCGUACCACCAGCUACUAUAACAGAGAGUGAUGAUACCAUGAGUGUCGGAACCGCUAUAUCUAGUGCUCCGAUGGUGGCCCGGAAGGCUGAUCGAUUGACGCCCAGUGUCGCAUUCCAGGCCUUCCAAACCAUGAUUCUCGAAACUGAGAAGCAGGCUAAAGAACGGGGUCUAGUUUCCGAAAAGAUUAUGGCAGAUGUUGUCGAGAUCAUCAAGGAAUUUAACAAGGACAAGGUCGUAGCUACCAAGAAGAAUCUGGACUUUGCUUCGAAAUAUCAUCACGGUUUAGCUACCAAAAUCGCUUACGACAAGGCUGCAAAAGAUGCAGAUGCUGCCAAGAAGAAGUACGAUGAUGUCUCGAGGAGGCCAAACUCGGCUCUCAACAGCUUGAAGAAUAUCAUGAAGGGAACUGAUACUGAGGAGAGAUUAGAGAAGUUGAAAGGAAAAUGGAAGGCCGCCCUUCGAAGAUUAGCUGAUGCCCGUAACGACUAUUUGGUAGUAUUGGAGGGACUGAAUGCCCAACAAUCUCAAUACUACAAUGUCGACCUCCCAUCUCUAAUGAGGAAAUUGGAUGGCACAUACUAUCAAACAUUCGGCAAAGCAUUAACCACUUUGGUUAAUUUGGAAGAAGGAUAUGCUACCAUGUUGACCGGUUCCGUUCAAAUUACUCAGCAGGCAGUUAACAAGAUCAACCGUGACAAGGAAAACGAGCAAUUCGUUAAGGAAUUCCAUCCAGUGUUUGUUGCUGAUCCUAAGGAAUUCAAGUUUGAAUCAUCGUCGAAUGACAAUGGAACUGCCAUCUGUGUUGACGAUGUCACCAAAGUCGUAUUGGGCCAACGACUUGCUCGUAUCAUGACACGAGAAUCCGAGCUGAAAUCUGAUUUGGAUCGCAAAGAAAAGGAAUUGGCAGGUAUUGUUCAAAUGGCUCAGGUUUAUAGUGAAAAUCCAGCGUUUGGGAAUGCUGCUACACCUUUGGAGAGCAAGCUUGAAUUGGAGACUUCUAUUGAUUUGUUGAGAAGUGAACAUACCAAGAUCACUGCACAGAUAGAACUCUUGACUAGCUUAGGAGUUGAAGCACUAGUUCCAGCCGUAAGCACAGCAUCACUCUUCGUGGGAGGCAGCUCCGGAACACCCGGCGGUGUCAUUAUUCAAGACUACGAAGCACGAGCAUCCGGGGAAGUCACCGUCAAAGUCGAUGACAAUGUCGUCGUCCUUUCAAGCGACUUGGACGGCUGGUUACGUAUUCGAAAGGGAGACGAUGUUGGAAUGGUUCCCACAAGUGUUGUUCGAGUUGGAGACACCAACAGCAGCAGUCAUAUCAAGCCCAAAGUUGCUGGGUCGCUUCAACGACUGAAUGAUUUGGGCCUUCAUUCAUCCAAAUCGGGAUUGGUUGAUAUUCCUGCUGUUUCUGUUCCUCCUACGGGGCACAUGUUGCAUGUUGCUGUUGACACCAGACGCCAACUACGGGCACUAUACGACUUCAACGGCACAGACUCCUCCGAACUAUCCUUCAAAGCCGGCGACAUUAUCGAAGUCCUCGAAAUCAACGACGCACACAGCGACGCUUGGUGGGAAGGUCGUGUACUAGCUACAAGCAAGCAAGGAACCUUCCCAGUCGUGUUCACAUCUGGAUGGGAAGCUGUCGCAACCGCCAUGAAUGAAGAUAAUGCUGCCAAGGGACUAUCCAAGAACCCCAAGAACGAUUUGGCGAAUAGUGCCAUGAGUCUUUCACCUGCUAGUAAACCUGUUGCUGGUGGAUCUGCACCUCCUCCGCCUGCUGCCCCUUCGUCGACUACUAAACCGGGAUCGCCUGUUAAAGCGGAGCCGCAGGAGAAUACUGAUGGACAUCCAAAAGCCAAGGCUCUAUUUAGCUAUGAAGCUACGUGUGAUGGAGAACUGACUAUGGAUGUUGGCGACAUUAUCGUCAUCCUCAACCAAGACACUGGCUCCGAAGCAUGGUGGGAGGGACAAGGCCCUCACGGACGCGGUCAAUUCCCAGUCAACUAUGUCGAACUGGUAAACCCGGAUGGAUCGGCCAUUCCAGGUUCCGUCAGCAGCCAACUAGGAACAUGGGGCGACCUCGACAAAUCCCUCGACCAAAUCAUCGCUGACAAGGGACUCAAGACAAGAAAAGCAAGAGCGCUAUACUCUUUCGAAGGAAACGAAGGAGAACUGACAUUUAAUGUUGGUGACGUGAUAUCUGUUAUUGAUGCCUCGAAUACGGAUUGGUGGGAUGGGUUUGUGGAUGAUGGUGGGCCGUGUCCUAAAGGUGCCUUCCCUGCCGCUUACGUUGAAAUGAUUCGAGAGGAGUCUUAA